AUGGCCCUGACGGGAGUACAAAUAGAUGCCAUCUACCACACAGCAAUUGUUGUCAACAACGUGGAAUACUUCUUUGGCCAGGGUAUUCAUAGAAAAGUCCCCGGGUCCACGCACCAUGGACGUCCGAUGAAGAUCAUCCCAUUAGGUCAGACAGACCUGCCACUCGACGUGAUCGAGGAGUACAUCGAAUCCCUUGAAGACAUCUACACGCCAGAAUCGUACGAUUUGUUCGUUCACAACUGCAACAACUUCAGUCAAGAUUUAGCCAUGUUCCUCGUCGGCAAGAAUAUCCCCGACGAGAUUCGAAGUCUCCCAGAGACAUUCCUCAGAACGCCUAUCGGCCAGAUGCUCCGUGGCCAGAUCGACCAGUCUAUGCGCACAAUGACCCAAGCACCCGACGCAGUGGCGGGGAGAAAUGUUGCAAAGACACCAGCGACGUCGAAGCCCACGCCAAAGCCUACGAAUGGUGCUCCAAUAUCUUCUACACCUGCAACUAAUGGGGUGGUUCCCAAAGUCCACACGCCGGCCAUAAUCAACGCACAACAAGUACGAGAUGAACCCGGCCACGUCCAUUAUGUUUCCUCCAUCUCCGAACUCGAUACGCUCCUCUCAUCGGCUCGUCAUUCGUGCGCCGUGAUAUUUUUUACAUCUGCAACAUGCCCUCCUUGCAAGAUAGUCUAUCCGACCUAUGACGAACUAGCCGCUGAAGCCGGGACGCGAAGUGGCGCCAAACUCAUCAAAAUCGACAUAUCAGCCUCCCACUCUGCCCAUGCCAUUGCCCAACGCUACUCUGUCCGAGCGACACCGACGUUCAUUACCUUCCUCAGAGGUCAGAAACAAGAUGAAUGGGCAGGUGCCAAUCCGGCACAGUUACGCGGCAAUGUUCGUCUCCUGCUUGAGAUGGCACGGCCUAAACAACAUCAGCACGCGACGUUGAGAUUGCCGUCUCUUCAACGGCUCAUCGAAAAGCCGAUACUGUACUCGCGCACACCACCACUCGAUAAACUUCUUGCCAAAAUCGGACCGACUUUCUCCUCGCACCAGUCCGUCCAAGACCUUGUCUCGUACAUCCGCACAAGAGACGACAAGGGUAUGACAGAAGCACCGCUGCCAAAUCUCCACUCAUUCAGCGACUACCUCACUUCGUCAUAUGCGUCGCUUCCUACCGAGACACAUUUUGCCAUUAUCGACCUCGUUCGUUGUGCGGCUGUCGACUCACGCGUCUCGAGCUUUCUCGCCACCGAGCAUGGCCACACGUUGCUCAGAACGUUGUUGUCUCACGGCGAUGAUUUCUCCAAUGCACCAUAUAAUAUCCAAUCCACGAGUUUACAGCUCGCGUGUAAUUUGUUCAGUUCGAAUGUUUUCCAAGAACAACUAUUUCGCAGCCAUGAACCCACCCACCCGAACGCAAACGGCAACGGUGAGGGGACGAAAGUCCAACUAAAGGAAACGAUCGAAUCACUCGCGUCACAGUGUCUGCUCUCCCCACACCUCAAUGCCCGAUCCAUGGCCGCGGCGCUGGUUUACAAUCUCUCUUCGUACGUGCAUAAUGCACGCAUGCAGCCACGUGAGGAAGGAAGUUCCGAGGACGGCGCCGAUGAAGAGACCACGGCCGCACCGAGCGACGACCUCUCUGCGGCGUUGUUGGAGAGUAUAAUUUCGUUUGGGGAUGUUGCUGCGAGUACGAGUACGAGUACGAGUGUGGGCAAUAUCAAAGAAACGUUACACGCCCUCCUCCUUGCGCUGGGUAUGCUUCUCUACGCUGCCCCACCAGAGAACAUGCUCUGGGACCUGUGCCAGGCCAUGGACCUCCGCGAGACACUGAAGGGUUUGAAGAGCAGCUCCAAGUUGGGCGUCAGAGAUGAGCCAUUGCUGAAAGAAGUUGGGGAUGAGGUUUUAGGGAAAGGUGGGUUCUGA